AGGCUCCAAAUAUGUGAACUCGUUGAUUUCAAUGACUCCGUGGUGACAUCAAAUAGAAGUUUAACGCACGUUUGAAACGUAUUAAACGGUUCCAUCGAAUGUGGUCAUCAUGAGUAGUGGCCUUCGCUACCAGGUGCCCGCCGCGGCACCUAGCUUUGACAGCUUCAGGAAGAAGGAUUACAGGCCAUCGGAUUCGGACCACGCUAAGCACCGGAAUGAUCGGGAGGAUGGUCCCUCGCAGAGCAAUUUCAGACGACCGUUGCCUGAUAUGACAGACAGUUUCAUGGCUAGGAGGAGGCAGGAACGAGAAAAAAUAGGCACUCAAGGUGUGCGCAGUUUGUGGGGUGAAUCUCCAGAACGGCCAGUUAAUUCUGAUGAAGAACAAAGCGGCAAGAAGAAGCCCAGCACUGAAUCGCCCGAUGCUCAGAAAAAAAGCAAAUCAAAGAAGCGUAAGCACAAGCACAGCAGGGAGUCCUCCACACACAAGAGCAAAAAGCGCAAGAAGGAAAAGAAAAAGCACAAAAAGAAAGAGGCAAAAAAGAAGGCAAAGAAACACCACCAUCGACGCAAGAGUAGCUCCUCCAGUUCAUCCAGUUCUUCAGACUCUGAACGCUCGGACACUGGGAAGCGCAAUGCUGGGGACAGUGACUUUGAGAUGUGGGUUGACAAACGACGAGAGAACGAUUCAGAUGAUGAUGAUGAGGUAAUCGGCCCCCUUCCAAAACAACAUGUUCAACUGUCUGCUAAAGAUUAUGGCAAGGCCUUGCUGCCAGGAGAAGGUGCAGCAAUGGCCGCGUAUGUGGCAGAGGGAAAGCGUAUUCCAAGGAGAGGAGAAAUUGGCCUCACCAGCAACGAAAUUGAGUCAUUUGAGUCCGUCGGAUACGUCAUGUCGGGCAGCAGGCACCGUCGCAUGGAGGCUGUGCGUCUGCGUAAGGAAAACCAAAUCUAUAGUGCGGAUGAGAAGAGAGCUUUGGCGAUGUUCAACAGGGAGGAACGUCAAAAGAGGGAGACUAAGAUUCUGUCCCAGUUCAAGGAAGUCAUUAAGGCCAAACUGCACAGUGACAGAUGAAGGACUGUUUCAGAAACAUUGUCUGCUCAUGUGUUCAUCAUUUGCUUGUGCUUUCCUGUUGCAGGGGGGGGGGGGGGGGGGGGUAGAGGAGGAGGAGGGCACUUCUCACACAUGCAUAGUGAAAGAAUGUAAGCAUACUGUUCACAUUUACCAUCAGUAAUGCCCACUGCGCGCAUGUUUGUAUAAUAAACUACUUCCAUUCGA